UAUGAAUCGCUGCGGUCACGAAAGCUUUAAAUCAAACUUCCAAUACAUAUUAGGGAAUUGCAUCUUUACCAAUGUGUUAUCUGCCCCGUGUUACGCAACCUGCGUGCGUUGCUGUGCGGCCACCCUUUAAUGAGUGCUACGUGUCAAGGACGAGGUACCAAGGUAAAUUAACUCGUCACAACCGCCCCCUCCUGCCCCCUACACACACAGAGUAACAUAUAUAUUACUCUGUGUGUGUGUAGCCCUCCACGCGCACAGACGCCACAACUCCAAGUGCAGCUGUCGCCCGACGUGCCGAGGGGGAUGUGGGGCGACCAGGGCCGGCUGGGGGCCUCCUCCGCCCCGGCGUCGUGGGGCUUCGUGGCGGCGGCGGCGGGAGCCGUCGGCGGCGCGGCGCUCCUCGUCAGGGCCGCCCUGGACCGGAGUCGCGGCCUCGAGUGGAGCCGCAGAGCCCGGGGCCCCCGAGACCGCAGGACCGAGGCCCGGGCAGGCCUGAGACGCGGCCUGGGCGCAAGCAUUGGGGCCAAGGAGGAGAUACUUGGGCUGUCCCUGCAAGAGCUGACCCAAAGGCUGCAGGACAACCAGCUGCUGCCCAGCGAUGUCCUGCAGACAUACCUGCUCAAGGCCCUGGAGGUGGAUGAGAAGACCAACAGCGUUGUUCAGUUUCUUCCUGAAAGCCUCACACAGGCUCAGGCUCUGGAGAAAGUGAAUGCCUCCAACCGGGGCCUCUUGCACGGGGUGCCGGUCAGCAUCAAGGAGAACUUUGACAUCCAGGGCUGUUACUCGACCUGUGGUUUGAUUUGCGGGGUGGAAAACCUUGCUGCAGAGGAUUGUGUCAUCGCAAAGGUUCUAAGGCACCAGGGUGCCGUGAUAUUUGCAAAGACAAAUGUGCCACAGUCCUUGUUAAGCUUUGAAUGCAGUAACCCCAUCUUCGGGCAGACGAGCCAUCCGAUGGAUGCGACACGCUCACCGGGGGGGUCGUCUGGAGGAGAGGGGGCGCUCAUCGGGGGUGGGGGCUCCAUCCUGGGCAUCGGCUCCGACAUCGGAGGCAGCAUCCGCAUCCCGGCGUCAUUCUGUGGGAUCUGUGGCCUCAAGCCCACUGGGGGGCGGCUUAGUAACAAAGGCGGACAGUCUAGCAUCUCCGGACAAAAAGGGGUGAUACCUUCGGCAGGUCCAAUAGCCCGCGACGUGGACGGUCUCGCCCUGUGCAUGGAGGCACUCUUGUGUCCCAAACUGUUCGCCCUGGACCCAACCGUUCCCCCGCUUCCCUUUGAUAGGAAGAUUUAUGAGAACAAGAGCCCAAUGGUGGUUGGCUACUAUGAGGGCGAUGGGUUCAUUCAGCCAAAUCCCAGCAUGAGGCGCUCUGUGCGCGAAGCCCGGGCGCUGCUGGAGAACAACGGCCACAAGUUGGUCCCGUUUGAGCCGCCACGCCUGGAAUACUGCCUCACCGAGUUGGUCAUGAAGGUGCUCUUCGCCGACGGUGCCGAAACGCUGCUCGGGAAGUUUGCUGGGGAUGUGGUUGACCCUAACCUGCACUACCAAAUAAGCAUGUACCGGAUACCAAAGCUUCUAUCCUGGCUGCUCAGCGUGCUCACAAAACCCUUUGCCCCAAGACAGUCCAAGGCACUUCGGAUGCAGGGUGGAGUAAAAAAUGUUGCAGCACUGUGGAAACUCCAUGCAGCAAUUGAGGCGUACCGCACCGAGUUCAUUUCGGCGUGGAGGGUGGCGGGGAUAGAAGUGCUCCUGUGCCCGGCGCUGGGCCCCGCUCUAAAGAUCGGCCACGGUGGAAAGCUCAGCGCGCUCACAGUCUUCCACAUCUUGUACAACCUGCUGAAUUUCCCGGCUGGCGUGGUUCCGAUGGGGACGGUCACUGUGCAGGAUGAGCAAGAACUCAGCGAUUACCGAGGCCACUACGGGGAUAUCUGGGAAAAGGCCUUUCCCAAGGCGGUGGCUGGAGGGGUGGGCCUCCCACUCUCGGUGCAGUGCGUGGCCCUGCCCUGGCAGGAGGAGCAGUGUCUGCGUCUGAUGCGGGAGGUGGAGAACGCCGCGCGCUCGUAGAGGAAGGGCCCACAGGGCCGUGAUGCAACCUGUACAGGCUAUAUUAGGUACGGCAUUGGCAUAGUGACAACGUUCUAUCUAAGCCAAAGAAAAUAAUAAUUGUUUGUCCUGCCAUGACUUUGAACUCGUGGAGCAAUAAAAUCAGCUCGUGUGCAGGUGCUAUGUUCAUCAUUACAUCGAAGGAUCAUGAGCGAUGGCAGCAGCUUAGGGAAGCCUUCAUCCACCAGUCGAUUAACCAUGGCUGAUGAUGAGCCGUGUAACGUAUGGUCUGUUUGGAAGGUGCCAACCCAGUUGCCUAGUAGGAGGGGCAGCAGUAACCAGAUUUGUCCAGAUUUUGGCAACUAAUUUUUUUCAGACAAAUUGUGUGCCAAUCGCUGCCAGUCAUGAUUGUUGGUGAUGGUUGCCCAAUAAUUGCUGUACGGUAUCUUGAGACAACUGUGGUCACACCACCGUAUGUGAUGAAGCUUAACAGAAUGGCAUGUUUGGACAUACAGUAAAAGCUUGGAUUGCGAGUAACUUGGUCUGCGAGUGUUUUGCAAGACGAGCAAAUUUUUAAAAUAAAUUUUAAUUUGAAAAACGAGCGAGGGUCUUGCAAUACGAGUAGUACGUAUACGCUUUGUCUGCCGAGCGUCACGUGAUCACAACUGAUAUACGAGUGCUUUGAUAUACGAGUGCUUUGGAUUACAAGCACGUUUCUGGAACGAAUUAUGCUCGCAAUCCAAGGUUUUACUGUACAUAGGAAACUACAAUGACACUAUAUUAUGAUGGAGUUUAUUUGUAAAUUACUUUUACCUCUUACAUGCAGUACAAGUAAUCUAAAAAUAAACAUUCUUUAAUGUUGUAUUGAAUGACCGUGGUUGCUGUGAAUGCCUGUAAAUGAUAACUGUGGAGGCGACGGUUGGUAGAUCACACAAAUGUUGUGAAUCUCCUUUUCCGUGUGCGUCAAGGUGCAAUACCCUGGUUCGCCAGGAGAAGGCAGCUCAGCGAGUGGACUAAUCGCCAUCUGUUUCCAUCUGUACGGAGAUAGUGUUGGCCCCUCACGCACAUGGGGUUUCUCCAGGUGCUCCGGUUUCUUCCAACGUGUAUAAAAACAUUCAUUAGGUGGCUGAAAACAUCUUGAAAUAAACAUUGAAUUGCAGGAUCCUUUUGAAUAAGACCCAUAUGGCCCAGUUUGGCUUUCCUGGAUAAAUAAGUAAAUUUUUAUUCAGUGAUGCAGCGAUAAGAGUAGUGCAUAAUACGAAAGUAAGAAUUUUUUUAUCAGCGCCCCAAGUGAUGUGUUAUUUGUAUUCAUAUCUUGAAAUUAGGGAAUAAAUAUUUGAAAUGGUCAAAUAUUUGUAUUCAUUUAUAGUGCAAUCCUGUUUCUUAUGAUGUCAGUCAACACCGUUUUGACUGAUUCUCAAAAAAUAAAUAUAACCGAUUUUAUCCCAU